CAAAAGAUCAGAGUGUGAAGAUACAAUACUGUGACAAUCUGUUGUUGAGACUGAGGCUUUGGUGGCAACACAGUUCUGCAACUAGACAGUGGUGGUGGUUGCAACAACCUUGAGAAUUUACUUAUGUCACUGAAUUGUACACUGUAAAUUGAUUAAAAUGGUCGACUCUUCUUUAGUGGAAGAGUAGCAACUCUCAAGGAUCCUGCUUUGUGGUGAGGCUGACAUUGAUAGCACACGAGCGCUGCCUUUGAAGUCAGUUGGACAGCUGUUCAACAGUGACAGUGAGGAAGGACUACAUAGUCACAUCACUUCAGCGCAGGUCUUUCUCCAGCGGUGACCUUGGGUUGGCAGAAGACUGCUUUCAACGAGUCUGCCUUCGGAAAGCAUCAUCUUCCCCCUAACCUGAGUGUGUCUUUACUUGGUCCUUGUCAUCAAUAGAGACUGUAUGUCAAAAAAGGGAGUUUUGUAACGACUAAACUGACAGCUGUCUUUGACUCUUUCUGCCAAGUUUCUCUCUGACCAAGUUAAAAAGUAUAAAGAUACCAGCCUGGAACAAAGAGAGAACUAAGGAUAGGACUGGACAGGUGUGUAUAACUGCACAUCAACCAUGACAGGUUCAAAGAAUAGGGCUAGAGCGCAGGCUAAACUCGAGAGGAAGGCAAAUGCACAUGCCAGAGCUGUGGCAGAGAGGGAGGCUGCUACUGCAGGCAGAGGUGCCGGCAAAAACCGGGACAAAGGAAAAGGUAAGGCAGGAGCUAAAACAGAUGCAGUGGCAGAGAUGAAAGCUGGCUCUAAGAACAAGGUGGCUGCUGAGCUGAAAGAAGGAACAAGGUCAGAAUCUAAGGCUCUAGGAAAAGCCGCAUCAGAUUUCAGCCAUAAGGCUGAGAGUAAGGCUGCCAGAUCCACGCGUAAGGAGAAGCCUGGUAGUGAUACGUGGUUCUGGGCUGGGGAAGAUUCUGGUCUUAAUUCCUGGUUCUGGAAGGGAGAAGAGGUUAGUCAUAAUGCUGUUGCUAAGAGUGAAAGUAAAGCUAAUACUGGUACCCAGGGCCGUACCGAGGAGUCAGAGCCUACACUUAGAAGCAGCCACAAGUCCAGGUCAGGGGCUGAGGAGGAGGAGGAAGAGAAUGUUAUUGGGAACUGGUUUUGGGAAGGAGAUGACACUGGUUUUGAUUCUGAUCCUAAACCGGUGUUCAGAAUCAUUAAGCCUCAGCCAGUAGAUGAAAUUAACGAGAAAAAUAGGCCAAAGGACUGGUCUGAGGUAACUAUCUGGCCAAAAGCUCCUGCCGUAAUUCCAGCAGUGUUAGGUUAUAGAUCCCAGGACUCAUCUGAGGCAAGGCCCUCUUCAUUUAUUGUUCUGGCCUCAAAUGAAGAAGAAGAAACUUCAUCAGCCUGCACUAAGAAUACUCGAUCAAGCCUCCAGCCUAUCCCUGAGUACCCAUUUGGUUCUGAUCCUUGCAUCCAGACCUUAGAUGAAAUUAGACAACAAAUCAGGAUCAGAGAAGAGAAUGGCAUCAAGCCAUUUGCUUGCCCUUGCAAAAUGGAGUGCUAUUUGGAUUCUCCAGAAUUUGAAAAGCUUGUUAACAUACUUAAGUCAACUACUGAUCCUCUCAUUCAUAAAAUAGCACAGAUAGCAAUGGGUAUACAUAAAGUCCAUCCAUUUGCCCAGGAGUUCAUUAAUGAAGUGGGUGUGGUGACACUUAUUGAAAGCUUGCUCAGUUUUUCUUCCCCUGAAGGUAUAAAAAAGACCGUUAUUACUCUGAAUUCUUCUGGGGAUGAUCGACAACACAAGGUUGAAUUUCAUGUUAAGCAUAUGUGUAAAGAAACCGUGUCUUUCCCCUUGAACUCACCUGGCCAGCAAUCUGGAUUGAAGAUAAUAGCGCAGCUAACCACUGAGUCUGUCCAUCACUACAUUGUUGUUAGUUACUUUUCAGAGCUUUUCCAUUUGCUGUCUCAGGGGAAUCGUAAGACUAGAAACCUUGUUUUGAAAGUAUUUCUGAAUAUGUCUGAAAAUCCAAAGGCAGCCAGAGAUAUGAUUAAUAUGAAGGCAUUAGCAGCCUUAAAACUCAUCUUUAACCAAAAAGAGGCGAAAGCUAAUCUUGUUAGUGCUGUGGCCAUCUUUAUUAACAUAAAGGAGCACAUCAGAAAGGGCUCAAUUGUCGUAGUUGAUCACUUGAGUUACAACACUCUUACUGCCAUAUUCCGUGAAGUUAAAGGGAUUAUUGAAAGAAUGUAAAAUGACCCGGAAAUGAAAGAGAAUGGUGAACUGUCCAAAUUCUGAUUGGCUGUAUAUUUCCAAAGAGUUUUGCAUAAUAUUUUGGUAAUUACUGCUCACACAUUUUGUCUUAACAUCUUUUACAAAUUAUUACCUGUGGCAGGUUCUAGCUUAAAACUAGAACAUUUGUGAUAUAUCAAAUGAAUGUUAAAUCUUGAGAUAAACAAGUUUGUUGAUUUCUGUCUUAUUUAGAUUAGCAGAUUCUUCACAUUUAAGGAAAUUGUGACCCAGCUGAGCCAUCAGUACAGUGUCUUGAUGAUUAGUGUCUGCUUAGAUCUAUUUGUGGCUUCAGAUAGCAAAAAAGAAACUACUGGCCUUGUAAUCUACUUGCAGAAAUAAGGUGUAUACAAAUAAAGAUAACCGAUGGUACUUUGUGUGUUUGUGUAUG